UCGGCCGCCGAACACAAUCGCCUUUAUCCAGACCAGUGCACGGCACUCUUUGGGACAGCUGCGCUAGGGCAAAUUUUCCGCCGCAACGUCGUGUUUCGGCCACCGUGUUGUGUUAUCGGUGAUGUGGCUGGUGCAGACGCGCUGACAUUGUCAGUGACAAUGGGCUGGCGUCCCAAGCUGGGACAGUGGUGCUGUACAAUGAGCGUGUCGCUAUGUAGUGUGCUACACUGCAGUUGCAGGUAUCCACGGAUGCAAUAAUGCAUGCGUGAAGAUCCAUUAGCUCAACGUGAAGAGCUGAAGACAGAGCUACGUUCCCGUACGCCUUCAGACUAUGAAAGCCGACAUAGUGACGAUGAAACGCAGAGCUCAAUGCGGUCCAUGAAAGGGCACCCACCCGUAAAGGAUCUUUACUAGAUCGAUGCUUGUCAAUGAUUCUGAUGGCCAUCAACAGUCACGCUUGGAUUUUACUCACUAACGAUGCGUUCUACUCCCUUGGGGUGGCCGAAGCUGCUGGCGGUGGUGGCCUUCCUGGCCAUCCUCCAUUCUACUGAUUCGACCGCGUUGGAAUUCACCAGCCACUUGGUCGUGUCACUCGCAAGCAACGGCACGUCCUUCAUUGCAUCAGCCAAAGAGCUACCCAGAGACCUACUCAUGACGCAGUUCACCGACAAGAAAGUGACCAAAACGAAGACCAAGAAGAGCAUCGACAGCAACGAGAUGGUCCAGGACGAUCUGGCCAUGUGCUCGCAGAACCCGCAGGGCGUCUACCAUGGCCAGAUCGACGUGUUGCUGCUGUUCUCCAAGUGCGUGGAAAACUCGACACUGGUAACCAUAGAAACUUGGGCACGGGACAUGAAGAGAAUUGUGGCCGACACUGUCGACAAGAACAGCGGUGUCGCCCUUAACUUUCAGGCCACACUGGUACGAGGUCAAUGCUCUUACGCAGCACACGGAGACAGUGAAGUCACUGCGGACGACCUGGACCGGGUAGCCGCAUUCCAGGGUUUCGGAGAUGUUUAUCAGCUAGAUUCAGCUACAAGGUCGACGGACAGCUACACUGCGGCCAUCACUUUCGCCACGGAUGGAAUUUCAUACAACGCGAUCAUUAACUUCGAGAACAUGAAUCAAAUCGCCAGUGUAGUGAACUUCCAGAUGUACGGCAGUGGAGACAACUGUGAAGGUGGGCCGGAAAGCUGCAUCGAGUUAAAGCACGUCGACGAUAUCUUCAUGUACAACCCGUUCACGGUCACGCAGUCGCUGGACUGCGCAGAUCUCGAGAACGGCGUUCCUGUCGCACUCAUCGAUGACAACGGUACUCGUCAGUGCUGCUGCGGCUGUCCGGCCGGCUUUGAGAUGCAAAUUAUGGGACGUGAUAAAGCGUGUGUGAAAGUGGGAAACUCUGCCUCGACCUGUGUGUGGAGCAAAGUGAGCGGCUACAAACACCAAGUGGACUCUCAACUUAGCAUCUGCUCUUUCGAUCAUAUCGUGGACAAGUGGGGCUUUCCGCUCCCUCUUCCGACUAGUGGCUACAGCUCGAACAAGCGCUUGCUUGCCGAUGGCUCAUUGGACCCUCGUGUACGCGUGUCGGCUGUAAAGAUACAGAACCCCGAGUACUAUGCAGGAUACCUCACUCCGAUUCUCGGUACUGUCACCUCGUCGUGGCCGAUGAGGUUUAAGGACGUAGUUGCUCGAGCUCCAAACGCUGCAACAUUCGACCCGAUGGUGCCAUGGCCAGGCACCAUCGGGUCGCCAUGGCGAUCUACCCAUACACGACGCAGAGAAGAUGUGGAAAGACUACCAGUCAAACCGGGCCGAAGCAGUGAACAGCAUCGUCUUCAAAGACUACGGGAAAUACCGGUACCCCCAGGCCAAACUUUUAGGCGUUUACAAAAUUUUACAGAAUGA